AUGAAUAACACUCUAGUGAACAAUAAGAAUAACACUCUAAUGAACAAUAUGAAUAACACUCCAGUGAACAAUAUGAAUAACACUCCAGUGACCAAUAUGAAUAACACUCCAGUGAACAAUAAGAAUAACACUCUAAUGAACAAUAUGAAUAACACUCCAGUGAACAAUAUGAAUAACAAUCCAGUGACCAAUAUGAAUAACAAUCCAGUGAACAAUAUGAAUAACACUCUAGUGAACAAUAUGAAUAACACUCCAGUGACCAAUAUGAAUAACAAUCCAGUGAACAAUAUGAAUAACACUCUAGUGAACAAUAUGACUAACACUCUAGUGAACAAUAUGAAUAACACUCCAGUGAACAAUAUGAAUAACACUCUAGUGAACAAUAUGACUAACACGCUAGUGAACAAUAUGACUAACACUCCAGUGACCAAUAUGAAUAACACUCCAGUGAACAGUAUGAAUAACACUCUAGUGAACAGUAUGAAUAACACUCUAGUGAACAAUAUGAAUAACACUCCAGUGAACAAUAUGAAUAACACUCCAGUGAACAGUAUGAAUAACACUCCAGUGAACAGUAUGACUAAUACUCUAGUGAACAAUAUGAAUAACACGUUAGUGAACAAUAUGACUAACACUCCAGUGAACAGUAUGAAUAACACUCUAGUGAACAAUAUGAAUAACACUCCAGUGAACAGUAUGAAUAACACUCCAGUGAACAGUAUGAAUAACACUCUAGUGAACAGUAUGAAUAACACUCUAGUGAACAGUAUGAAUAACACUCCACUGAACAGUAUGAAUAACACUCUAGUGAACAGUAUGAAUAACACUCCAGUGAAACAGUAUGAAUAA